GAGGCCUACAAUUGUCCACCAUUUCGUUUUACCCUGGCCUUCAAAAUUUAUGUGUACUUGCGAUUUAUUUCGCCACGUUUCUCCUCUGUCACCAGCUACAAACUCAGCUUUGCCUUAUCCGCAGAGACAAAACUCUCUGACCUCAUUUAACGUCUGGAAUAGCUUUCCCUAAACUUCUAAAUUGAGCGUCAACUGUAUUAUUGUUUAGAAUGAAAAGCCAUUUUUUGUGGGCAAACAGACGUGGGUGUAAUAUUUCUGGUUAAUAGAAUUUUUUUAUAUGGCUCUGAAAACGCAGACCAGUUUUACUUCGCUCCUUCCCAAAGCAAGGUAAAGAAUUUGAUGAAUUCUAAAAUGAAUGACAUGUUGGUUAAUAUGAAUUUGGGCUAGUCUUCAUUUCCAAGUGGCCAUUUCCUGAGGAGAAGAACACCAAAAAAAAGCGAACUGCAAUUCAAACAGGUUGGUUAUUUUACAUCCAUUAAGCCGAAGAGUCUCUUGUUGCAAGGCAUGUUUUAAGAUAAAUUAUGUACUGAGCUGCAUGGGCAAUCUAAAGCAGAAGAACAGUGGAAGGUUUGGACCACCAGUAUGUAAUUUGAAACACAAGUUAUUUCUUUCUCUCAUUGCAUCAGCUGCCCCAGAGGAUGGGAUCACUGUUAAUGGGAGUUCCCAAGCAAAUUCUGAUGGAGAAUUGGAAGAAAUGAGGCUUAAAUUGAGUCUGUCUUUUAAAGGUGAAGAUGCGAGUAAUGACCUGGUACAAAGUCUGCAUGAGGCUGCACGGAUAUUUGAACUAUCUGUUGAGCAGCAAAGCUCUCUAACACAAGGUCCCUGGUUUGCAAAGGCCUGGCUUGGCAUCGAUAAGAAUGCCUGGAUCAAGACACUCGCAUAUCAGGCAUCUGUACAUGCCCUAUUACAAGCUGCUAUUGAAAUUGCAUCAAGAGGACACGGCAGGGACCGAGAUGUUAAUGUUUUUGUGCAACGAAGUCUAUUACGACAGUCUAACUCUCUGGAGAAUUUGAUUAGAGAUCAACUUUCAUCGAAGGACUCUGUAGCAUGUGAAUGGUUUUGGUCCCAACAGCAUUCGGCUGUAGUGACUAACUAUGUCAACUUGUUAGAAAAGGACCCACUCUUCACCUCUGUGACUUCUGUAGGCUGGGAGGGAAUGUCGUUAAAUCCAAGUAAAGCCAGUGAUGUUUCUCUGCUUAUGUUAGCACUUAACUGUAUAGCUUCAGUAAUAAAACUUGGACUGGCCAAAGUUUCUUGCCCUCAGUUUUCUUCAACCUUAUCAGAUAUGACUGGUAAACUAAUGAAUACACUGGCAAGUUUGAUUCCUAUAGAUCAAGUAUACCACUUCACAACUCAGGUGGGACUACGCAGGGAGUUUCUUGCAUACUUUGGUCCACGGGCUGCUACUUACAGGGGUCAAAAUGAUGUUGGAGGAGAAGAAGGAGCAUUUUGGGUUGAUUUGGUUCAGCAACAACUUCGGGGAGCAAUUGACAAAGAGCGGAUGUGGUCAAAGUUGACAACAUAUGAAAGUAUUGAGGUACUUGAAAGGGACCUUGCAAUAUUUGGAUUUUUUGCUGCUUUAGGCAGGAGAACUCAAUCCUAUUUAGAUGCCAGUAACAUUGACAAUAUAGAUGAGACCUUUGCAAGUUUUCUGAGAUACUUGGUUGGUGGAAGUGUUCUAUUUUAUCCACAACUUGCAUCUGUUAGCACAUAUCAAUUUUUUGUGGAGGUAGCAUGUGAAGAGAUGGAGUGGCUACCAUUCUAUCCAGAGAGUUCAGCAACAGUGGGGAAACAAACAAAUGAAAACAGGAGCGAACAACUUCAGAGUGUGUCAAAAUUGGAGUCUAUCACUCUUGCAUUAGAUGUUUGCUCCCAUUGGGUGCAGAACUUUAUAAAAUAUAGUGUAUGGCUAGAGAAACCUUCAAACAUAAAAGCAGCCAAGUUUUUGUCUCUAAGCCACAGCAAACUGGAGGAGUGCAGGAAUGCAUGCUACAAUUCAGCUACAGUUGCUAUGCCAAAAUACGAAAUUACAAAACUUAUUGGCGAUGGAAACGGAAGCAUUGGGAAUUCAGGGGAGGCCUUCAAGAUUGGUACCCAAAUUGAGGAUAUAAAUCUGUUUGAUAAGGAGUUGCAGAAUGUUGAUGAGGCUUUGAACAAAUUAGAAGGAUUACUUAAAGAAAUGCAUCUUUGUAGCUCCAAUUCUGAUAAGGAGCACCUAGAAGCUGCUUGCACAGAUCUAGAAAGAAUUCGGAAAUUGAAGAAAGAGGCAGAGUUUCUUGAGGCAUCUUUGAGAGCAAAGGCAGCAUCAGUGCAGCAGGAAGAUAAAGCUUCUGAUCAGACUAUUCCACAACUUUUUAAGGAGACAGAGACAUUUCCAAAUGAGAUUCAAAGAUUUAAGCAAUUGCGGAAUGAACUUGCAGAGCUUGAGAAGCGGGUUCAACAAAGUGCAAAUGGCUAUUUAGAUGAGAAGCAUCAGGAAAAUCAAGAUACUAUCUAUUCAGCAAGAGGUGCGCGUGGUAAAUUAGCUAAAGGAAAAAAGGAAAGCAAUUUGUUGGGCAAGUCCAUUGACAAGUUAAAGGAAACUGGCACGGAUGUUUGGCAAGGCACUCAACUUCUUGCUACAGAUGUGGCUGCUGCAUCGGUCCUACUACGAAGAACCUUGACAGGCGAUGAGCUUACUGAAAAGGAAAAGACAAUUCUUCAAAGAACACUAACAGAUCUUGCUUCAGUUAUACCAAUUGGGAUACUCAUGCUUCUUCCAGUUACAGCUGUUGGGCACGCAGCCAUGCUGGCAGCAAUUAAAAAAUACUUCCCUUCCAUGAUACCGUCAGCAUAUGCACGUGAGCGAUUGGAUUUGCUAAGGCAGUUAGAGAAAGUGCAAGAAAUGGAGGUUAGUGCGUCAUACCCAGAUGAAGGAAGUGCAGAGACGGUAAACUCAUAGAUAAAUGUUGUUUAUGAUAGCCCAUGAGCCUUCAUAAAUUUGAGUCAAAAUAGAGCAUCAUAAUCAAUUAAAUCACAUAGUAAUCUAAAUCACAAUCUCUAGGGCUAGUGCUCUAUCAGAAUGUAAGAUAAUGUUGUGAUUUGUGAUAAAUAUGUGAGUGCCAUUUUUUAUUGUAAAAUAAAUGUGAAUAAGGCCAAGGGGUCAUAUUUACAUUUUCAAGAACUAGACAUAUUCUAUAUCAAUUUCUUUCUCAAUUUGAAUAUCCUCGAAUGUAAUGGAUUUGGAAGAGCACAUCUCUAAUUAUGGCCAUAUAUUUUGGCUCAUGUACAAGUCCAUUCUAAGAUACUCAAGUAGGUCUGUUUCAAAAUUUUUGAGUUGAGCAAGAAUUCUUCACAAUCAACCCUAUAAUGCUUAGCUAGCAUUGUAUAUACUAAUUUCUUUAAUUGAAUGCUUUUACCAUACAAUGUGAAGGUUUAUAAGCCUUGUGGUUUUAUUAUGAGAACCUGUUUCA